CCUUGGCCGCCGCCGCCGCCGCCCGGGACAAGGCAGUAGGCAGACCCAGGCGGCGGCGGUGGCGGCGGCGGCGGCGGAGUCGCUCCGGCCGCCAGCACCUUAGCCUGGGUACCGCUCGCCGCCGCCGCCCACGUGCGCAGUGGUCCAGCAGAGCGCAUCUUCCUGCUUGGGGCAUUUUUUUGCUUUCUGUCUCUCAUCUUUCUUUCCUUUUACUUUUUGCUUAUGGGAAAAAGUUGAGUCGAAAGUGUCCAACAAUUGCCACGUUCCCGUUAUCCUCCUUUCCCGCCCCACUUUUUUUUUUAAAGCAGUGCCAACGGAUUUUUUGUUGUUGUUGUUGUUGUUGUUGUUAAGAGUCUGUUUUGUUUUAUGAUCAAUAGUUUCCCUUCUUGGUCCCGGCGGUUGCUGAUCCGCGGAGUGGCGUGGACCUCAUGUAGAAAUGACAGCAAUGGAAGGGGCCAGCGGGUCGAGUUUUGGAAUAGACACGAUUUUGUCCGGUGCCGGUUCCGGCAGCCCCGGCAUGAUGAACGGAGAUUUCCGCCCUCUCGGUGAAGCUAGGACCACGGAUUUUAGGAGCCAGGCCACCCCGUCACCCUGUUCGGAGAUUGAUACCGUGGGAACGGCGCCCUCUUCUCCGAUCUCGGUCACCUUGGAGCCCCCGGAGCCGCAUCUUGUGACAGACGGGCCCCAGCAUCACCAUCACCUCCACCAUGGCCAACAGCCGCCGCCAGCCGCGGGCCCCGCGCAAAGUUUGCAGCCUUCGCCCCAACAGCAACCGCCUCCGCCGCCACCGUCGGCAGCCCAACAGCUGGGCUCAGCCGCCUCGGCCCCCAGGACUUCCACCUCUUCAUUUCUAAUUAAGGACAUCUUGGGGGACAGCAAACCUCUGGCGGCUUGUGCGCCCUACAGCACCAGCGUCUCUCCUCAUCACACGCCGAAGCAGGAGAGCAACGCGGCGCACGAGAGCUUCAGGCCAAAGCUGGAGCAGGAGGACAGCAAAACGAAGCUGGACAAGAGGGAGGACUCCCAGAGCGAUAUCAAAUGCCACGGAACAAAGGAAGAAGGAGACCGGGAGAUUACAAGUAGCCGAGAGAGUCCCCCUGUGAGAGCCAAGAAACCUCGAAAAGCCAGGACAGCUUUCUCGGACCACCAGCUCAAUCAGCUGGAGCGGAGCUUCGAGAGGCAGAAGUACCUGAGUGUCCAGGACCGCAUGGACUUGGCAGCGGCACUCAACCUCACUGAUACUCAAGUCAAGACUUGGUACCAGAACCGCAGAACCAAGUGGAAGCGACAGACCGCAGUGGGCCUGGAGCUGCUGGCCGAGGCCGGGAACUACUCCGCUCUGCAGAGGAUGUUCCCGUCGCCUUAUUUCUACCACCCAAGCCUGCUGGGCAGCAUGGACAGCACCACGGCGGCGGCGGCGGCCGCGGCCAUGUACAGCAGCAUGUACCGGACUCCUCCGGCACCCCACCCGCAGCUGCAGCGGCCGCUGGUGCCCCGCGUCCUCAUCCACGGCCUGGGGCCUGGGGGACAGCCGGCCCUCAACCCUUUGUCCAACCCCAUCCCAGGCACCCCGCAUCCCCGGUGAGGAAGGAGGGACCGUGCCGAAGCCCUCCAGUUCCCAUUCCGCCCCGGACAGCUGCCCCGCCUCUCCCCGCACCAGGCCAACAGGAAUAGAAGCUGAGGAGUCAAAGGGGAGCUCAACGGUGGGCUGGGGUCCCCAAGGACCAGCCAGCUCUCGGCUCUCCAUCUGCCCCCUCAGAGGCAGGGAUGCAAAGCUCCUAACAGUGUGACUGGCCCCACUGAAAGCCUACCAGUAAGUGAAAAACAUCCACAAAAGCAAACCCUCGACUUCUUUUUUUAACAGAAUGACUUUAGGG